GGCGCGUACGCCGCGUACGGCAGUGUGUUUGCGCCUGUGAUACGGGUCGAUUGCAGAAACGGUUGUGUUGCCCUUUCGGCAUGCAGUGCGCUUAGAACUGACGAACGUAUUGAAUUUACGCGCAGUGCAAUCAACAAGUGACAGGAUAAGGAACUAUCACCAUUAGGCCGGCCAGGCAGCCGCGGCCAUGAUCAUCUCCAAGGAUCUAUUUCUUCUCGGAGACCAAGAUUACUUACGCCUGCCAAAUAAAGACGAAAAAAGGCCCCAGGGGCCCAAUAUGGGCCGAUCCAAUCCUGACCAAAAUAACAGAGUAGACACAACAGCUGUGAAUUUCCCAUGUCUUCUAGACCAGAGGCCUCUGCCUGUUCAUCUAGCCUUCCGGGGCAUUUCCGUAUCGAUUGGUGGACGGCCAGUCCUAGAAGAUGUUGAUGGACUGGUCCGGCCAGGUCAAGUUUUGGCUGUUAUGGGACCUAGUGGAUGCGGUAAAACUACUCUCCUCAAUUGUUUGAGCGGUCGGCUCAAGUUAGAUUCGGGUCAAAUUUACUUUAAUCGGGAUCCAUUAUGCAAAAGAUGGAAACGGAAAAUUUGCUACGUCCUUCAGCAGGAUAUAUUUUUUCCAGAUCUAACUUUAAGACAAACUUUAGAAUACCAAGCAAGACUGAGACUGUCGGAUGUCAUGUCCCACGCACAAAAAAUGCAAUACGUCGACCAUAUCAUAGAUGUUCUAGAAUUAAAUAAUUGCCAAGACACAAUCAUCGGAGAUUAUCUCAAAAGGGGGUUGAGUGGUGGAGAAAAGAAGCGUGCCAAUAUCGCAUGUGAACUUCUAACUAAUCCCUCAUUAAUGCUGUUGGAUGAACCAACAUCAGGUCUCGAUUCUCACGCCGCGCACAGUUUAAUGACGACAUUGAAACGAUAUGCAGUCUCAGAAGGAAAAACAGUGGUGAUCACUUUACAUCAGCCCUCCUCACAAAUCUUCCAUUUAUGUGAUAAGUUGCUCCUACUAUGCAAUGGUAGGACAACCUAUUUUGGAGACACAUGCAAAGUAGUGAACUUUUUUAGUAACGUUGGAAUUCACAUUAUGCCUCAUUAUAAUCCAGCAGACUUCAUCUUGGAGCAAAUCAAAGGACCAGAACAAAUUAGGAAAACAAUUAUGAAAGCCGCAGAAGAUGCAAGGAAAAGUAAAGAUUACCCUGUAGAAUUAAGGUGCCACGAUGUUCCGUAUAUAUCAGAGAAAUAUGAUCAUAAGAUACUGCCACCUUCUCAUGGACCGUAUCCAAGUUUAGAACGUAAGAUUUUAACUCGACUUUUCAACUUGACUGAGCGCAAAACUAUAUUCUAUAUAAAACACAGCCUAUUUUGCGCAUUUAAAACGAAAAACCUUUUAGAAGAUGCAUUAAACCACAUGGAACCAGACGUGCGAAGAUUAUGGUUGGAUACACAUUCACAUGCAUCAUCUUCAGUAAGUUCCGACACGAGCGAUGCAGAUUGUUAUUUCUCGUGGCCCACCAGUUUCUGGACGCAGUUCAAAGUUUUAGCGCAGCGAAAUUUUCAAGAAGCCAGACCUAGAAUGUUGUCGAAAUUAAAUUGGGUUCAAACGGUAGGAUUAGGGUUAUUAGCGGGUCUAUUGUGGUUUCAACUGGAGCGACGCGAAGAAGCGUUGCAUGAUAUCCAAGGAUGGAUGUUUUUUUCGACAACAUAUUGGAUGUUGUUUGCACUUUUUGGCGCUCUUAGUUCGUUUCCCCCAGAAAGAGAAGUGAUAAAUAAGGAACGACGAUCGGGUGCCUAUAGAUUGUCGGCCUACUAUCUGGCGAAAAUGAUCGGCGAACUGCCUUUAACAAUCACCCUUCCUGCUAUUUAUCAUUUUAUCUCUUAUCCUAUGCUGGGAUUUCAUUCACCUUUAGCGUUCCUUACUCUAUUAGGUUUCCUAUUAUUAAAUACCAUUGUAGCACAGAGUGUGGGAUUUUUCAUCGGUGCCUGUUGCAUGGAUAUGCAAGUUAGUAUAACAAUGAGCGCCCUGUAUACUUUAGCCACGCAACUUUUUGGUGGCUACUUAGCCACUAAUAUUCCUCCCUGGUUGACGUGGAUGAGAUAUACCUCGAUGGUGCAUUAUGCCUACCAGAAUAUGCAAAUUGUUGAGUUUAGCGAUGGCCUGCCUAUAGAAUGUGCCGCAAAAUCUAAAUUCGCAAUUUGCCAAGAAUCGGCUCAUAUACCUGUGUCUUCCAUUUUAGAGGCGCAAGGUACAUAUUGGCCCUUAUGGGCCAACACGUUGGUUCUUAUAGGGUUUCUAUGCGUAUUUAGGUUUCUAGGCUAUAUAGUUCUAAGAUACUUCAAUACCCCUAAGUAAUUGCUAACCAAAAUUGAACUAUAUAAGCACUGGAAUUUGAUAUGCCAAAAAACACAGAUUAUUAGUUAAAAUUUCUAUUCUUAAUGUUGAAAUAUAUAGACUGACUGUUUUAGGUAUAGAGUAAUUCCAAUUGCUACUAAGGCUUACUAAAGGCCUUCAUUAAAAUAGAUUCUUUAGCCUCAUAGAAUCAGGUUAUUCCUACCAUUGAAUAAAUUGCCAUUUUUAUACGUACGUGUGUAUCAACAUAAUGGAUGAUGCGGUAGUUGGAAUAAUUUAUUCAUUUCGACUUAUCAAAACAGUAGGUAUACAUACUCAGAUGAAAAACAUUCGGGUUUUUUCUUGAAGAAAUUGCGGCACUUUUAUAAAAUUUAGUAUCAAAAACAUAUUCCAUUAUAUCGAUCAUCCCAUAUGUGAAAAAUAUCACAGUUUUCUCAAUCUGCCACUUUGUCAAUAUUGAUCAAAAUAAUUUCCAGUGUUUAGUUUGUAUCCGAAAUUGUGAUAUAUACAAUAGUUUUCCGAACGAAACUACCGACUAAAUAAUAAUAUUUUGUAUUUACAUUCAUAAAUCAGGUAAUUUUUACAGACAGUAAUUCAGAUGCGAUAGUUUGUAAUCCUUUCCGAUAUUUUUUGAGAAUUUUAUGGAUGGCGAACAAACAGUUUUCUAUUAUAGUUUAAGUGUGCUAUAUUUUGGACAGUUUUUCAGUGACUGCAUGAAAAUAAUGGAAAAUCCACAGGCUGUGCUUAAAAGUAACUUUUCGUAUCUUUAAUUUUUUACAUUAUGAUUCUACCGUUAAGUGUUAGUUUUAAGUGUAAUCAUUCCAGUUACAAUUCAUCUGAGAAAGCUCACAAGUGUUAUUAACUCAUGUAGAGGGUUUGAGCAAGCAGAGGCAAAUUCAGAUGCUCUCAUUCACAUUAUGCACAUUAUAUGAAUUUGUUUCUGUAACUUUUUGAAUAAGAAAGGGCAAAGAGUGGAAGUACCAUGUGCCUUUUUGAAAGUAUUCUACGUGCCAAUAAAUUCGAUAUAAAUACAAGCAAAAGCAACCAGCUACGGCGACUGCCACAUAAUUUUGUUUUAAUUUUAAACAAAAAACACCCAUUGCAAUUUUUUGGGUUCUCUAAAUAGGGGUAUGUUUAAAAGUUCACAAUUUUCAAAUUUUAAUUCCGCAAUUAUUGAGUGCACUGUGUUAGUGAGCUGUGUGAUAUGGCGGGAUAGUUAGGAAUGGUGCUAAGGAAAUAAUUUCAAUUUUAAUAUACGGUUAAGGAAACUUAUGAAUUGCAUUGCUGGGAAAGGAAAAUAGUAGGUAUUUAGAGUUUGUAAAAUUUGUUAUGCGAAAUCCACUCUUAUUGAUAAAUAUCUUAUUAAGCCAACGAUAGAUACUUUCAUUUGUUUCAAUUUUAAUAGUUCUCAACCAUUGACCAAUGUUUAAUUAUGGCUGUACUGAUUUUUGACCAUACUGUCUAAACAUCUACUUUAAACUCUCCCUUAAAGAAAAACUUUAACAACAUUUUUGAUUUGUUUGCAGAAGAAUUCGUUUAUUUUGGACCAUAAAGUAAUUGGUUUUUCGCGUAAAGUAAAUUUGAAUCGCAUUUGGAUGUUACAUUCUCAGUUUCUAUGUAGUUCUAAAGCAAUGUCGCGAAAAUUGUCAGUGGUUUAUAUUUUUCUCAGUGAGGAGCAUUAAACAUCACAUUUCACAUUGUUAUUAACAGAAUAUGUCAGAAUGUCUUACCGCUAUUAUUUACGUUAUAAACUUGGAUUCUCGCUUUACUAUUCUUUAAUUUAAUUAUUCUAACACACUUAUUAAAAAAACAUAUUUAUUAAACACAAUUGAUCUUCAAGCAACUACGAACUGUACUAAACUUUUCAAUAUCAAUAUUGUGACUGUCUAUUCAAUUGAAAAAAUAUUUUUGAAUUCAAUUAAGAUAAUUUCAAAAAAUAUACACUUUUUGGAGCGUCAACUAUCACUUUUAUGUAGAUUUUUUUAUCAGGGAAUACAACAAAUUCGCGUGACCGAACAUUGUACACCACAAUUAAAUGUUAAAAGUAGUCCUUUUUCGUCCCAACGUGCAAUGAAGCUAAUGAUUGGAUUAUACUUUAUAACCAAAAAUACCAGCUGCUCCAAUCACGAAAUUGGAGAGUUCAGAGUUGCCUUUUAAUCACUUUCAGAAACUCAUAAGACUGUUCCCAUUUUGAAAUAAUCACAAUUUUUUCAUAAAUUUCCCAAUACUCAUACUGUAUAAUAACAUUAAUAUCAUCACAUGCAUUUGUCAAAUAUAAUCACUAGACUUCUUUUUACGUAUUAUCUUUUAGGUUAUUUUUUUUUAUUUUACCUGACGAAGAUGAUUACCAUUAAGUGUUCCAUCACAUUUAGUCAAAGAUACAGCUCCUCCUUUGCAAAAGCAUAACUUGUACAGAUAUUUUAUUUAUUUUUUAAUUAUGUUUACUGCAAGGGCGGGCGCUUGUAUGUAGUAUAACCAUAUACAUAAAAUAAUUUGCCUUUUGUUGUUUCUUUAAUAGUAUGUACAUAUUUUAUUUGAUAUAAGGAUUCAAAACACAAUUAAUCAUUUCUGUAUUUGUGAUAUUUAUUGAUGAUAAUUUAACGCAAUUGAAAUUGUCCGUCGUUUCGGUUUGAAAUCAAAUGCCUAUUUGAAUAAGAACGUAAAAUAUACACUACGGUUAGAAUUACAGUAAUUAAAAAAAUCAGACAUUUUAAGUUCCUAUAAAAACAUUUUAGUAUUCAUCUGUUCCAUUUAGCAGUUAUUAAAGCAGAGCGUUUUAUUACAAACCGUUACUUGUUUUAUUGAAAAAUCACUGAUUUAACGUAAAAAAUUGUAUUCGUUAGAUAAUCUAGCGCAUGAAAAUAUUUAUAUAACGUAAAUAUGUUUAGGACAAUAAUUAUAAGAAUAUGUAUGAUCCGAAUUUUGACUAUUGAAAAUCAGUUUAGGAUCUAAUGGAUUACCCAAAGAAUUAUUUGUAAUUUUUUUCGAAGCAAUACACGCAUCUUUCUAACUUAUUUUCUAGUUUCACAAAACUGGUAACGCUUAAACUGAUUUUUCAAUUUAAAAACUGUAACUGUACUCAAUAAUAUAACAAAUAAUUCGAACCAUUCUUGAUUUUUAGGAAAUCUGCACGUUGCAUUUGAAUGAAUCAUAUUUUAAACGUUACUUUUUUGCUUUCAAUUUGUUGAUGUUUAAGGCUUGUUGAAAUUAAUAAGGAAUGGUUGGUUUAAAUGAUAUUAAUCACUUUAUAUAAACUAUUGUUAACCAAAUUUAGGCAAUCUUUUAUACACAAUGUUUAGAACAUUAUCGAUGUUACUAGGUGCAAUCAAAAUUUUAAUAUGUCCCUUCUAAUCAACUUACACACGUUAAACAUAUUUUGUAGUUAACCUAAUGAAAAGACCAAAACUCGUACUGCCAUUUUUUAUAAAUAAUUCCUUUGAUUAGUAGGAUAAAAAGAUACAUAUUGUUAUAUCAAAUGUAUUCAUAUCAUACCUAAAAAAUACCCCUUAUUUACCCCCAUACCUUAGGUAAUACUUAUGUUAUUGUAUGUUAUAUUCAUGUGUAUAUUUUAAAAACAUUAUUGUACAGACAAAACUUCUUGUAUUUAACAUGUUAUGGCUAGUCCUAGCGUCUUCAUUUAUUUAGAAUUUUUAAUAAAUUAAUAUGAAAUAAAACAUUUUGAUUUC